CAGCUCAUCCAAGUUUUGGGUCGCGAGGCGAGCGUGAGCGGCCAAAAUUAGUGCGGAAUAGUUGAUAAGGCUUUUUACAGCCUCCUUGCAUCUCGCGGCAAGCGCGUGCACCCUCGCAAGCCCUCUCAGUGACGACACCAAUCAGGGUCAUUGACAUGGAGCAGCCGCCGCCGCAAUCAGCGCCGGCGGAUGACGAGGAAGCCAAGCGACAGGAGGCUUGCAAGAGACUAGAACACAUCAUGGCGAAACCUCUGGAAGUGGUCGAGCCGUUCCCGUUCGAAACUCUCGACGCGGACCUCCGUCGGAACGUCCUGACGUUCGUGCUCACCGCGCCGACGGACGGCGCGACGGGCGUGCUCCGAGUUGUGAAAAGGAAAAACAAGGGUGAAUACCCCCGCGUGCCGGAGUCCGCGACGAUGGCGCUCCGCACGCUCGUGCACCACACGCGCACCAUCAAAGCAGUCUCGACGGCGGUCUGCGCCGACGUCCGCGUCCUCGAAAAAACGGUCGUCAAGCCGGAAAAAUGGCUCGAAGGGCUCUGGCUCGUCGAAGCGGGGGCGCGAUCGCGAGACCAGGCGCUCGCGGAAUGUCGCCAGAGAACUGUUGUCGCGGGACGCGCCAACAUCGCGGUGGAACUAUAUAGCCGCCUCGGUCAUUGCGGCGACCGCCGAGAGGUCGUAGUGAAGUGCCCGGCGACCUGGCCCGAGCAGCGCGCAAAAGAAGCGCAGGAUAUAUUCCAGAUGGGAGGGGAGUAUGGGGCCGAGGAAGAAGAGAACAAGGACAUAGAGCUCUCGUGGGCGCAUACGCGCUGCAAGCCCGCAGAGGAGGUCCAUGGCCUGGCGCCUGUCGACGCCAAGUACCUCAAAGCUCUGGCCAGCGCUGCGUUCGGUGGCUUCGUGGACGCAGUCCGACACCUACCGUCGUGGACGCUCCUCGUCACCGACGUCAAACUCCUUUACAUCGGCGGCUACUUGGAGACGACGGACGACAAUGGGGUACGAACGGGUCGGACGCGCGCGCGCGGAGACGCCGCGGACUACGACGCGCUCGACGCCGGCCUAGCCGCUUUCUUCGGAGAAGAAACGGUGCGUCGGGCGCCGUGGGUGAAGGCCUGGUGCAAUGGUCGUCGCGCGUACCCCUACGACGAGGAGGAGUUCGCCGCCGCCUCUGGUAUAAGGGCCCAGUUCCUGGCCCGGAAACACGACGCGAGCCGACCGCCCCUGACCCGCAUCCGCGACGCAGACAAGAAUGAGCUGCUCCCGAUGGGCGACCUACAGCUCGCGGGCAACGAUUUUGCUUUCGUUUCGGACAAGCCGCUGCUUAGCGCGGCGACGAUCGAUAUCACGUUUAGCGACGACGCGGAGGGCGCCGAACAGGCGCCGUUCCAGCAUGAACCGCCUAACUCGCCGCCGUCGUACACGUUCAUCCAGGGCAUCGACUCGCUCACGUGUCGCGGCGGCGGUACAUGUGGAAACCUCGACGACGUGAAGUUCAAGAUUAAAACGCACGUACACUCUCGCGCCAAGAACCUCGAAGACGCUAUCUUAUGGGUGCCGAUCGUCGAGGGCGUCUUCCAAGUGCUGUGCAGCUGCAAAAUCGUGGGCCUCAGCUAGGGGCGCGGAGCGCGAGCUAAGACUACG